AUGCCCCAUUUGGUUUCUAUCUCUUCCCUACGCCUCUCUUCUCUCGCCCAUUCUCUAGGUUCCAUUAGCUGCACAGUGCAAUCGGACCAGCUGCGCAGUGCAGUGCUAUCGAUUCUCCAACCCCAAUCCACCUACUACUACCGCAUCGCUGGGGAGGGGCCGCAACGGUCGGACCAGCUGCACAGCGUAGUGCUUUCGGGCCUGCAACCCCAAUCCACCUACUACUACCGCAUCGCAGGGGAGGGACCAGAGCGGUCCUUUGUGACGCCGCCCACCGAUGCCGCUGCUGAUGUCAGCAUCGCUGUUGUUGGUGACAUUGGUCUCUCUAAGGCAGCCCGCACAACCAUCACGCGUCUCUCCCAGCAGCCCCACUCCCUCACCCUCGUCCCUGGCGAUCUUUCCUAUGCCAACGGCUUCCAAUCCGUGUGGGACAGGUGGCAGUCUCUGAUUGAACCAGACGCCAGCACACACCCCUGGAUGGUCGUCCCCGGAAACCACGAAGCCAAGGCACUUAGUGCGAUCAGCCCCAAGGGAUUCGAGUGGCCCGCGUUUCUUAAGAGUUCCGCUUUGCUAAACAGCGGCGCGUUUCUAGCGUAUAAGAAGCGGUGGGUCAUGCCCUCUGCUGCUAGCGGGUCGCCUUCUAAGCUGUACUACUCGUUUGAGGUGGGAGGGGCACAUAUCAUCGUGCUCUCCUGCUACUCGCCCUUCGGCCCAGACUCUGACCAGCGCAAAUGGCUGCAGAAGGACCUAUCCAGUGUGGAUCGCUCGAAAACCCCCUGGCUCAUAGCAUCGCUGCACGAGCCGUGGUAUCACUCCAACAGCGACCACCAGACAGACGGGCAGGCCAUGAGGACGGCCCUGGAAGAGACGCUCUAUGCUGCCCGCGUUGACAUGCUGAUCACCGGCCAUGUGCAUGCGUACGAACGAACGACCCGCGUGUACAAUGGUCAGGAGGACCCUUGUGGGAUCAUGCACAUCACUGUUGGGAGUGGCGGCAAGGAUCUCUACCCCAGGUGCGCUGGGCUGUACCGUCAACACGUGUAUACCUAUAGUUGGUGA